AUGGCCAGCACGAAGCUACUGGCGGCGCUCGUGCUCCUGCAGGUCCUGUCCCUCCACGCCCAUGCCGCCAAGCACAAGCCCGGCGCCGGCGGGGGCGGCACCUGCCGCGCCAGCGGCGUGCUCCAGGGCAAGGCCGGCAAGUGCAAGAAGCUCAACGGCUCCGACUGCUGCGUCGCGGGCCACAAGUACCCGCAGUUCCGGUGCUCGCCCCCCGUGUCCGCCAGGACGCCGGCGACGCUGACGCUCAACAGCUUCGAGAAGGGCAAGGACGGCGGCGGCGCCACCUUCUGCGACCACCGCUUCUACAAGGACAGCGCGAUGGUGGUCGCGCUGUCCUCCGGGUGGCUGCAGCUCGACGGCACGCGCCGCUGCGGCAAGAUGGUCCGCAUCACCGCCAACGGGCGCUCCGUGCUGGCCAAGGUCGUCGACGAGUGCGACUCGGUGGCCGGCUGCGACGAGGAGCACAACUUCGAGCCGCCGUGCGCCAACAACGUCGUCGACGGGUCGCCGGCAGUGUGGAAGGCGCUGGGGCUCAAGGAGAGCCUCGGAGAGGUCAAGGUCACCUGGUCCGAUGUCUGA